AGGAGCUUGGUAGGCUACAGUCCAUGGGGUCGCAGAGUCGGACACGAAUGAGAGACUUCACAGGUCCCUUAUUUUGGACCAGGGAAUGAACUCUCUUCAUUUCCCAAGAGGUUCAGGAAGGACCAGUGUGCCGGGGCUUUGCGUUUCAGCUGCUGGAGGGGCAGUCCUACCCUCCAGACCGGAGAAGAGCCCGUGCUUUUCCAGUUCCACUUCCCUGGAAACUCUGGAGUCCCCUCCACUGUUCCGCUCCAGGGUCUCUAGCUCAGGUUCCUUCUCAACUUCGAGGGUCCGCAGCUUCCAGCACGCCCCCAAGGCUCGGCGUUCUCCUUUACGUCAUCAAAGCGCGCCCCAUUCCGGUUUCUCCUGCCGGCCCGGCCAAGCCUCAAGACUCAGCGCUGCACCUCCGUCACCAUAGCGCACCCUACCUCCCAAUUUUUCCUGAGGUCUCGACCGCGCCUUGAGGCUCGCGCAGAGCUUGGACGUCAACACAGCGCAGCGCACAGCCUGGCGCUGCUCUUUGACGUCUUAAUCGCGCGCCCUCCCGCCCAUCAGGUGUUGGAGUUCCGCGCGCGGGCUGCGCUCCAUCCCCGCGGCUGGAACGUGCGCUGUCUGUUCCCUCUCCUUUCGGUCAUGUUCCCGGCGGUCUCCUCUCCGCGGACCCCGGGGACCGGGACUCGAAGAGGCCCCCUGGGCGGAGUCGGGCUGGGCUCCACGCCCCGGGCGACCAGCAGGAAGGGUCUGACUCUGGGGUCUAAUGUCAGCUCCCCGGUGCUCUUCUCUCCCGCCGGCCGUCGGAGCUCCCUGAGCUCGCGAGGAACACCUACGCGAAUAUUCCCACACCACUCCAUAACUGAGUCUGUGAACUAUGAUGUGAAAACAUUUGGAUCUUCUCUCCCUGUUAAAGUCAUUGAGGCCUUAACAUUGACUGAAGUUGAUGAUCAGCUGACUGUUCACAUAGAUGAAGGUGGAUGGGCUUGUCUGGUCUGCAAAGAGAAACUCAUUAUUUGGAAGAUUGCUCUGUCACCUAUCACUAAGUUAUCUGUUUGCAAAGAACUUCAGCUGCCACCUAGUGACUUCCACUGUACUGCCAACUUGGUGGCUCUCUCUUACUCCACUACCUCCGGCGAAGCACAUUCCACGCAGGCUGUUGCUGUCAUGGCUGCCACCAGAGAAGGAUCUGUCCGCUACUGGCCAAGCCUUGCUGGCGAAGACACCUACACAGAGACGCUCAUAGACCUGGGAGGCGAUAAGACCUGCAGUUUCCUAACAGCAGUACAGGGAGGAAGUUUUAUUUUAUCCUCAUCGGGGGGCCAACUAAUCCGCCUGAUACCUGAAAGUAUAGGAAAAAUUCAUCAGCAUAUCCUGCCUCAAGGACAAGGCGUGCUUUCAGGAAUUGGUCGGAAGGUUUCUUCUCUUUUGGGAAUUUUAUCUCCUAGUAGUGAUCUCAUUCUUUCAAGUGUCCUUUGGGAUAGAGAGAGCGCGAGCUUUUAUAGCCUGACAAGUUCAAACAUCAGUAAAUGGGAAUUAGAUGAUUCUUCAGAAAAACAAGCACAUAGCUGGGAUAUAAAUAGAGUCCUGAAGGAAAACAUUAUUGACGCUAUCUGGGGAUCUGAAAGUAACUAUGAAGCUAUUAAAGAAGGGGUCAACAUUCGGUAUUUGGAUUUGAAGCAAAACUGCGAUGGGCUCCUAAUUUUGGCAGCAGCAUGGCACAUGGCCGACAGCCCCUGCCUUGUCUAUUACUCUCUGAUAACAGUAGAAGAUAAUGGCUACCAAAUGUCAGAUUCAGUGACUGUGGAAGUCACUCAGUAUAACCCUCCUUUUCAGUCUGAAGACUUGACUAUAUGUCGGUUGAUGGUCCCAAACUUUUCAAACCAGACUGCCUGUCUAUAUACUGAAAGUGCUGUCUACAUGUGCUCCACAGGAACUGGGAAGUUUUCUCUUCCUCAGGAGAAAAUUGUUUUUAAUGCACAAGGAGACAGUAUUUUAGGAGCUGGUUCCUGUGGGGGUAUACCUAUCCUUUUUUCUAGAAACAGUGGAUUGGUGUCUAUUACUUCAAGGGAAAAUGUGUCCAUAUUAGCAGAAGAUCUUGAAGAUUCCCUAGCAUCUUCAGUUGCUGGACCAGGCAAUGAGAGUGUGGUUUUUGAUACUUCUACCAAGAAUGAAACUAUUGCCCAGGAAGAUAAAACCAAAUUGCUCAAAGCUGCUUUUCUGCAAUUCUGCAGGAAAGAUUUAGGUCAUGCUCAGAUGAUAGUUGAUGAGCUGUUUUGCUCUCACGCUGAUUUGGACUCCGAUUGUGAGCUAGACAGAGCUGUCACCCAAAUCAGCGUGGACCUGCUGGACGACUACCCGGCUUCUGACCCGCGCUGGGCUGAGUCUGUGCCCGAGGGUGAGCACAUCCGAAGUAACACGUGUUCGUCUUUCCACAAGGUCGGCCUCUUUAGACGCCUCGGCACUUUUCCAGUGAGAGGGACGCCGAUGGCCACACGGCUGCUGCUCUGUGAGCAUGCCGAGAAGCUGGCUGCCGCCAUCAUCCUCAAGAACCACCACUCGAGGCUUCCUGACCUCAUGAACACAGCGAUCCUGAUGGCUUUGAACAAGAGGGACUGUGACGUCCCGUCCAGCCUGACCCCCGCAGAUGUCUUCUUCAGAGAGGUGUCCCAGGUAGAUACCAUCUGUGAGUGUUUACUGGAGCAUGAGGAACAAGUCUUGAAGGACACAUCCAUGGAAUCAGUUGAGUGGGCGGAAGUGGUGAUCAAUGUGAACAAUAUUCUCAAGGACAUGCUGCAAGCUGCUAGUCACUAUCGACAAAAUAGAAACUCCUUGUAUAAAAGAGAAGAGCCAGGGGAUAAAGAACCUGAGUAUGUUCCAUGGACAGCAACCAGCGGUCCUGCUGGCAUCCGAACAGCAAUAGUGCGCCAGCAUAGGACUGUCCUGAAGAUGGUUUAUCCUCAGGCAGACAGCAACCUCCGAAACGUUCUAACAGAGCAUUUAGUAGCACUGAUUGAUGGCUUCCUGGAUGGUUAUGUUUCUCAGCUCAAGUCUGUGGACAAAUCCAAUGAUCAAGAAAGAUAUAGCAAUCUGGAAAUGGAAUAUCUACAGAAAAGAUCAGAUCUCUUAUCUCCGCUUCUCACACUAGGCCAGUACCCAUGGGCUGCUUCAUUGGCAGAAAAAUACUGUGACUUUGAUAUCUUGGUACAAAUGUGUGAGCAGACUGACAACCAGACCAGACUGCAGCGCUACAUGACCCAGUUUGCUGAUCAGAAUUUUUCAGACUUUCUCUUCCGUUGGUAUCUGGAGAAAGGAAAGCGAGGCAAAUUAUUAUCUCAGCCCAUUUCUCAGCAUGGACAGUUGGCGAAUUUUUUACAAGCUCAUGAACAUCUCAGCUGGUUACACGAAAUUAACAGCCAAGAAUUAGAAAAGGCUCAUGCAACACUUCUGGGUUUGGCAAAUAGGGAAACUCGUUACUUUGCAAAGAAAAAAACCCUUCUUGGCUUGAGUAAAUUGGCGGCAUUAGCUUCAGACUUUUCAGAAGAUACACUGCAAGAAAAAAUUGAAGAAAUGGCUGAGCAAGAGCGCUUUCUGCUGCACCAGGAGACACUGCCUGAACAGCUGCUAGCCGAGAAACAGCUGAGUCUCAGUGCCAUGCCUGUGCUGACCGCAUCGCAACUCAUUGCCCUGUAUAUCUGUGAAGAAAACAGAAGAGCUAAUGAGUAUGAUUUCAAGAAGGCUUUGGACUUGCUGGAAUAUAUUGAUGAGGAGGAAGAUGUAAAUAUAAAUGAUCUAAAACUGGAAAUCCUUUGCAAAGCUCUUCAGAGAGAUAACUGGUCCAGUUCAGAUGGUAAAGAUGAUCCAAUUGAAGUAUCUAAAGACAGUAUAUUUGUGAAAAUCUUACAGAAACUUUUAAAAGAUGGCAUUCAGCUCAGCGAGUAUCUCCCCGAGGUGAAGGAGCUGCUGCAGGCUGACCAGCUGGGAAGUUUGAAGUCCAGCCCUUACUUUGAGUUCGUUUUGAAAGCCAAUUAUGAAUACUAUGUCCAGGGACAAAUGUGACUUUAUAAAAAUGGUUGUUUUUCCUGAAAGUUUGUAUAAGUGUGUCCUUAUAAAAACUUUGGACCUUAAACAUCUAGAAGUUUGUACAGUUUUAUAACACAUAUUUCUGACAUUUUUAUACUUUAUUUGUAAGCUACUACAAAAUAGUUGUAUGACUAUAGUUUUGGUUUUCAGUUACAUGAUAUUUUUUUUCUUCUUCUUUUCCAUCAAGGUUUAUCAGUUUUCAUACCUAAUACCGUUCCUUUUUAUCUCACUCCAUCCAGGGUCCUGGUUCCAGCUUCUUGUAUGCAAAGACCACUUCUAGACUUUAGCUUCUAUAACUCUUAAAAACAGCAAGAUUGCACUAAGUCAUGUCUGAAAUUGCUGUGGCUCUUAGGUGUUACAUACUGGAAAGUGUCUGGAAUCUUUGUUUUGAUUUUGAUUAGGGCUGGGAGCAGAAUGUCUAGUGGGAUAAGUGUCACAAUUUGCUAACUUAUGAAACAGACAAAGUGGGGCAAUUCAGUGUGAGCUUUAUAACUUUACUUCAUUGGGAAAUGUCAGUUUUUUCCACAUGAAUAAUAAGAGUAUUAAUAAAUAUAUUUUGGUGAAUAAAGCAUA